AUGUCAGAGGUUGCCCUUCUAAGAAGAAUGAGAACAACCAAAAGGAAAAUGAAAGAAAUGAGCCCUCACAAGCAUUUGCCUCAGUGGACCCUCAGCAAAUGGGCCCUGCCUCAGUGGGCCAUGACCAAGUGGGCCCUCAGCAAAUGGGCUCUGCCUCAGUGGGCCAUGACCAAAUGGGCCUUCAGUAGAUGGGCUCUGACUAAAUGGACCCUGCCCAAAUGGGCCCUCAGCAGAUGGGCUUUGAGCAAAUGGGCCAUGACCAAAUGGGCCCUUAGCAGAUGGGCUCUGACCAAAUGGGCCCUGACCAAAUGGACAAUGACCCAGGCUUGGAUGAGAUUUAUCAUGUGA